AUGAAAUCAAAACUUGAAGAGGAACCUCAGGUGAUUGAUAUAUCAAAAGGUGGAAAGGGUCGGAAACAGAAACCGAAUUUCGAUUUAGACCUUCCUAUUCUAUACCCGACUGGUCGUGAACUAUCUACUGCAAAAAUUAAAGACCUGAGAGAAUUGUUAAAGCUCAUUCCAACAGAUGCAAAAGGCUCUUACAAUUUCUUGAGGAAUGCUGCUUCGAGUGAUUUUAUUAAUGAUACUGAUGGCUUGGCAGAGGAAGAAGACUGGAAUGAAGAGACAUCCGUGGCUGAAGAGGGUGGAAAAAAGUCAGAUAAUGACAAUGACGAGGAAGGAGAUAAUGAUGCUGUUGAUGACAGAGAACGUGAAGUAGAAGAUGAAAAUAGAUCUACUGAGAAGAGCAAAGGAGAGGAAAAUGAAGACAGUAACGCAGACAAAGUGAUUGAAGAUGUUGAAGAUACAAAGCAUAACGAAAACAAAACAUCAGAGUUGUUCGACUCCGAAGAGAUGCCAGGUGAGAAAAAAGAAAUUUGCAUUUUGAAUAGUCGUGAUUGUAUAUGA